CCUCUUUUUGUGUGCACACUAAGUAUACUCGAAAUGGUCCAGUUAAGGUCAUGUGACUACCUUAUUCCCAUUGAUACGUUCCCCCUACUAGAGGAGGUGGAAAAGAGUGUGGAAAAGAGUGAAAAACUUCGUCAAGAAUUCAUUACGAGAUUUCAAGAAAUAGACGGGCCAGACGGCUACAGUAUUGUGAAAGAAUGCUGGGAUUCGAUAUUCAGCGCAAAAAUAAAAGAGUUUAUUACCCCUUAUAGAAAUUCUUACGAAAGCAGCGUCAAGUUUACCCUUGACGGCCAUCUAGUUUUGGAGAAUUUGGAAAUAUACGCUGUAUGUCAAAAAGGACUGGAGCGCAACACUAUUCUGAGAGAAAAAAUACCGUGCCAAUUGACUCGCGAAUCGUUCAUUCUCAUGGCCAGUGAGAUGUGUUUUCGAGAAUAA